CACGGGCAGACGUCUCGAGAAGCACGUCGGGUAUGGCGAGCCCUUUGCCCAUCACUGGGUACCCCUCCGUCAGCAGCCCCGGCUCAGCUCCGGAGCUGGGCGAGGGCUGGAGCGCCGCAGAUGUCUUCACAGGGAGCCAAGCCCUUGGGCUGCAGGAGUUGGUCUUCCUGCCAGGCGUGCUGUGCAAGCCCCCGAGUCUGGCCUGCCGCCUCUCCAAGAAUAUGAAGCUCCAGAGCCCGGUCAUCGCGAAUUCCGAGGAGGGCAUGUGCAUGGGCAUGGCGCUCUGCGGGGGCCUGGGCAUCAUCCACAGGCACCUGCCCAUCCGGGAGCAGGCGAAGAAGGUUCAGAGGGUGAAGAUGUAUAACUCCGGCUUCAUCCUGAACCCCGCGUGUUUGGCACCGCGGCACCUGGUGGAGGAUGCCCUCCGCAUCCAGGCGGAGCUUGGCUGCAGCGGCAUCCCCAUCACAGAGAAUGGCCGCAUGGGCGGGCGCCUGGUGGGCCUGGUGACCAAGCGGGACCUCGAGGGCAAGCCCAGAACCGCAUCCCUGGGCGCCGUCAUGAACCGGGACGUGGUCCUGGCGCAGGAGCCGGUGACCUUGAAGCAGGCCUGCACCGCGCUGCAGCAGCAGAAGGUCUCCAAGCUGCCGGUGGUCAACAAGGACAUGGAGCUUGUGGCGCUUAUCUGCCGAGGGGACAUGAAGCAGGUGCAGAGGAACCCGAAUGCCUCCCGGGAUGCCAACAGGCAGCUCAUGGUGGCCGCUGCCGCGAGCCCACACGAGGGCUGGGACCGGGUGAAGGCCAUGGUGGAGGCGGGGGCAGAUCUGCUGCACCUGGACACCGAGGAGGGCGUGGAUGCCAAAGCAAUCUCCUUCCUGAAGGAGAUGAAGGAGAAAUUUGCUGGGAUCGAUGUGCUGGCCGGCCCGGUGAACAGCCUCCAGCAGGCCGCCCAGCUCUGCGAGCAUGGGGCGGACGCCAUCCUGGUGGGCCGCGCCGGCGGUGCAGAGGCCACGGUGAUCUAUGAGAUCUCCAGGUCGCUGCGGGCGAACUUUGGGGUACCGGUGAUCGCAGACGUGGGGGUGCAGGACUCCGGGCAGGUCCUGAAGGCCUUGCUCCUGGGGGCCAGUGCGGUCUGCCUCGACCCCCUGGUUCAGCGAUGUGAGGAGGCCCCAGGGGACCUCAUCUACCGCAACGGCGUGCGGGUGAGGCUGGAGCCUUCUCCUGCAGGACCUCGGCCAGUGGAGAUGGGAUGCGCGGCCGCGGCCAUCGACAAAGGUUCCAUUUUGAGCUUCCUGCCGCCGCUGCUGCAGAACCUGCGGACGGGCUUUCAGGAUCUGGGCAUCCAGUCCAUGGGCGAUGUGUCCAAGGCGCUGGAGCAGGGCGUCCUGCGCCUGGAGCGGUGCAUGGGAGGAUUCCAGGAGGAGGCCCCGCGGAUGUUCCCCAUCGUGGCCAACGGCCUGCACUGCCGUUGAGAGAGAGAGAGAGAUCUUGCAUGCCAACACCGUCUCACCUGCACUGAGCGAGGCAUGGCGCAAAUGGCAACCAGG